ACACUUCGUAACGAACGUUCGAAGCGGGAGUAUCGUUCUCAUCAUUAAUCAUUCGCUCUGAAUUGCUGAAAGAUAUUUCUUAAAGUUUCUCAGUGUAUAUAUAUAUAUAUACAUAUAUAUAUAUACAUAUAUAUAUAAAUAAAUCGCGUAAUAGCUACCAUAGGAACUAAUCGAUAUCGAAUUGAUAAGGUGAAACAAUCUAGACGACGAAUCGUUCGUCUUAUAGAAAUAUCCUUAUUUUUUCGCGCCUAAUCAAAGAAGGAGUGAGAAAAGUGCAGGAAAAAAAAAUGGUGUCUGGCAGUAUGGCUUGCGUGAAAUACAUGCUAUUCCUUUUCAACUUGAUAUUCGCGAUUAGCGGUAUCGUCUUCAUAUCCGUGGGCGCAGUAAUUCUGGUCGGUUACAGCACUUACAACAAUUUCGUCGACAGCUGGUUCUUCGCCGCACCUGUCUUAAUGAUAAUCGUCGGCGUUGUAGUCUUCUUGGUGUCGUUCUUUGGUUGUUGCGGCGCAAUAAAGGAAAAUCAUUGCAUGUUGAUAACAUACUCGGUCUUCUUGAUGAUCAUCUUUGCACUCGAAUUGGGUAUAGGUAUCUCAGGCUACGUAAUGCGUAAUGAAGUGGAUUCUAUGUUGCUUAAUCAUUUGAAUACAACAUUUUAUCAAUACAAAACUGAUGAUGACAUUCGUAAAUCCUGGGAUAUCAUGCAGUACGACUUACGAUGCUGUGGUAUAGAAAGUCCAGCAGAUUGGGCCAAGCUUGAUUACAUGGAUAAUGUUAUACCGAAUUCUUGUUGUACUGAAAUUUCUGCCGGUGAUAAAUGUGAUUCGAAUUCGAUUUAUUCCAACUCUGAAGGCUGCAUGUCCAAGUUAGAACAGACCAUUAAAUACAAUUCUUUGGCUUUAGCAUCUGUUGGCAUAGGAAUUACUCUUAUUCAGUUGAUCGGAGUAAUCUUUGCGUGCUGUUUGGCUCGCUCAAUUCGUCGCGAGUACGAGACUGUCGAAACCACAGCACACUGAUCUGCCAUCAAUUAAGGGGCAUUUUUCAUAAUAUUGUUCAUCAUACAUUGGCAGAAAGAUAUUUAUAGUUCCAUUGCGAAUAUGACCAUUUUUAUUAAUUAUUAAAAUGCUUAAAAAUGUAUAGCAAAGAGGAAUGAUGUUAAAAUUAUGUUAAAAUAACGUUUCUAUACACAUAAUGUAAAAGAGAACAUAUAUCUUGGAAAGAUUUAUUAUUGAAGAACUAUUUUCUGAUUUCUCUUUAUAAAGAAUUCUCUAACAAAAAUGAAAUGAUUUACUGCCAUUACAUGCCAAAAAUGCCAAAGAGAGCAUAGCGACUAUAAGAGUAUAUAUAUAACAAUCUCUCUCUUUUUCUUUUUAUGUAUAAUGCUACAAGACCAUCAUCGUAAUGGAACAAAAAAAUAAAUAAAUAAAUAAAAACAAAGAAAUUACUGAAAAGUAUUAAAAAAAAAAAAAAAUGAGCGAUAAUGACAAUUAAUAUAAUUGAUGUGCCAUGUGUUGCAGCCAUGAUGUAAAAAUAAUUAUCACAAAAAAGAUUUCUCAUCUAUGUAUACAAUAUGUCUUCGCUCCUCGUAGAAGCAUAGAUAUUAACAUAACGUGAGCUGCUUAAUUUUCGUGCUCGCAAUAGCUCUACAACCAUCAUUCCUCUUUAAUUUAUUAUCAUAUAUAAAAAGAAACAAUGAGCUAUUUUUGCCUAAUCUUCCCUCUAACAAUACAGUGUGGAUUGGUUAUCAAAGAUUUAUUCGCAGAGAAAAGCCUGUGUUUUAAUACUCAUUAUUAUGCAAAAUGGCUUAUUGCUUCUGCUAUAUUUAAAUAUGAAUGAUAUAAAAGAUACCUUUUUUUUAACAACUCUUUAUUUAAAUAGAAUUAUCAAAUGUUGCAGCAGUCUUACAUGUACCAAAUUUGUAAUGAUAUCGUAUUUUUUUCUAGAAAUGUGCGUACUUUUAUUCGUAAUUGGCAAAAUAUCGCGAUAUAUAUAUAUAUAUAUAUAUAUAUAUAUAUAUAAACAAUAUAUACACAAUAUCUCUCCUCGUAUUGAUGCUUAAUGCUCAUAUUACAUAAUCACGGACAUAAAUGUUGAUGUAUUUUGGUAUUUAGGACAGCUUUCAAUGAUAUAUUAACUGCUUAACAUUGUCAAUUUGUCAAUAAUGAUCCUUUGUGUCGUUAAAUAUCUAUAUUAAAAUAUGCUAUAUCACAUGUUCUAUACCAACUAUAAUUGUAUUUAAAAAAAAAAAAAAGAAAAAGAAAAAAAAAGAAAAGAAAAACAGAAAAAUUUAAAAAGAAUCGCUAUAAAAAAAAUCUACAUUGUCUCGAUUUUACGAAUCAAAGUACUUGCAACCGAUAUCAUAAUAUUAUCUAUUAUUUCUUGAAGUCUUGUAUUAUUGACAAGAAUAAGCUGAAACUAGGACAGUUAUUGUUAACGACAAGUUAUGUUAAUGAUGAUGAUGAUAUACACAUAUGGUACUUGAAAAUUUGCUACAAUAUUCUUUCACAAUUGAAAAAUCACGAUGACAUAAUUAUUUAAUGUACAACGAGAGAGGUGUAAAAAGAUUCAGUGAUAUUUGUAUUAUGUAUGUAUGUUUUAAAAUGCACUCUGGUAGUAUUAAAUAUGCAAGACCUCAGAAUGGAUAUAAGUGAAACAUUCGUAGAUCAUUGUAUUCACAGUAUAUUAUAAACUAUCUAGCUAAGAAAUAUAUAUGAUUAAAGUGUGCCUAACUUAUAGAAAGAGAGAAGACAUAUGUUAUAAAUGAUUAAUAUAGAAAAAAAAAAGUUUUAAUGUCACUUAACUGUCUUGCGCAACAUAGCUUGUCCAAAACUGGCACCUGUCCAAAGUUCGCUCCUUUUAAUUACAAUAAUCGUCAUUUUUUUUUUUUUUUUAUAAAUCUCAAUUAGAUUCUUGGUAUACAUUGAUUAUUGGGCAAGAGAUAAGACUGAUAAAGAUUAUUGUAAUCAGUAUUAAUGAGAGCAUUGGUAUUUUACAUAUAUAUACCGUAUUCUUACAAGAGUGUAAAUUUAUACUAAAUUAUAUAUUUUAUCUGCUUGUAUUUUUUUUUCUUCUCUAUAAAAAUGUAAAUUAUAUUGAUAAAUUUGUAUUAAGAUAAUUCCAUUAUUUUAAUAUAACUUAUUAUUUUUUGGCAAUUUAGGAGCCAACGACAUGUCCUUAGCACAUAUUUGUCUAGCCUUUAUGUAUAUUAAUAAAUUAAUUACACUAAU